AUGAACCUGAUUUUUGCACUUUUUAUGCUAUUAUUAAAUGGAGUGAUCUGUAUGGACCCGUUGGAUAUCGAUAUUUUGCAACCCCUGCCUGAGGAGGGGAUUGAGACAGAGGAGGUCACAUUUUACGGAAUGAACUAUAAGAUAGUAAUUCCGCUGGGCCAGUACUUCUUCAGGACAGUCAGCUACAACGGCGACCUCUUGUUCCAGGAGGGACCAAGAGCAUGCAUGAAGAUCGUCAUCCUAACAGGGGAUACACUCAAAUAUAUUUUCCUCAACAUAAUACGGGAGGAUGGGGAAAACAUAACUGAAAGGUACACAGCCUUCGGAAACGUCUGCUUCCUAGAACGCGUAGCAGCUACCUCUACAACCGUCAACAACAUUAUUGAAAUAAUGAACCAGCAACAUCACUCACUUAAUAACAGAGGCUUCAACAUGCCACUUUCAAACAUUCCCUUCCCACCAGUUGGAGGGCCAGACGAUGAUCAGGGUCCUGAUGAUGAUUCGGAUGAUGAUGACGGACCUCCACCUGAUUUAGGAGAUCAACCUCCACAAUUUCCGCAGCCUCCUGGUGAUAAUAAUGAUGGUGGAAAUGAUCCAGAUAACGGCGAGAAUCCGGAUCAAGAUCAGGGUUUAGGUGGUGGAUUUCAGGGCAUUAACCAGUUCGCUCAGAAUAACGAUUUUAAUCCAAAUAUGCAAAUUGUUCCCCCUAUACAAGUUGUAGAGGAUAACAUCGAAAACCAGGCUGAUUUGGAAGUUUUAGAAGAUUUGGAAGAGAUGCUUGGGAUAGGUGUGCCAAACAAUUCGCCAUUCUUUAAUCCGAACCUGGGGGAAUAUGUUAAUUUUGGGUUUGAACCAGACAUGGAUAUAGGUGAAAAUGAACCUGGAAAUGAGUUCCUUAAUCAGCCAUUAUUUCAGGAAGAUUUGGCAGAAAUACUUGGAGAUGACGAGGAGAUGUUUGAUGUGAAUAUUAUAGAAAUUGAUAAUGAUUUACAAGUAGUUCCACAGCCUUCCGUUCAACAAGAAAAUGAGGAGGAUGAGGAAAAUGGCUUCUAUGACGACUUUGAUAACUAA